GCGGCCGCGGAGGAGGUGCCGCCCCAGGGGGAGGAGGUGCCCGCUCGCCGCAGACCGCCCGCGGCAGAGGCCGCCCCGGUCGCGCCGCGGCUGGAGCGGCCGGCAGAGGCUGCGCGGCCGAGGGGGAGGGCCCGGGGAGUGGACGUCGCCCCUGCCGGCCUCCCGCCGCCCCCUGUCCGCAGGUUCCAGAGCCUCAGUCGGCGCCGAGCAUCCCGCUGCCCCGGCUCCUCCCGCGGGCGCGCACCGGGCUCAACUCAGGCUCAGGACUGCAGGUAGACAUCUCCACUGCCCAGGAAUCAUUGAGCUUGCGGAAAGGACAGCCUCCUUGGAAGGCCAUACUGGAGUCCCACCUCGGCAUGGGCCUUGCCACUGAGGCAGCCCUGCUGUCUGUGCUGCUCUGAGGGUGCUGCCCGUCAUGGGGGCAGCCAUCUCCCAGGGGGCCCUCAUUGCCAUCGUCUGCAACGGCCUUGUAGGCUUCUUGCUGCUGCUGCUCUGGGUCAUUCUCUGCUGGGCCUGCCACUCUCGCUCUGCUGACAUCGACUCUCUCUCCGAAUCCAGUCCCAACUCCAGCCCUGGCCCCUGUCCUGAGAAGGCACCACCGCCCCAGAAGCCUAGCCAUGAAGGUAGCUACCUGCUGCAGCCCUGAAGGCCCCUGGCCUAGCCUGGAGCCUGGGACCUAAGUCCGUCACACCCAGAGCCUGGAAUCAGGAUUCCAGAGUUCGGCCAGCCUGGGAUCCAGAACUCAGAGUCCAGCCUGCUUGGAGCUGAACCCAGCAGCCCAGAGUCUAGCCAGCCUGGCUCCAAGAGGGCCUCAGUGGCCCUAGGGAGAUGGGCCUGGGGUGGGGGUUCAUGAGUUGGUGCUAGGGCCAGGGCCAUCUGGACUCUGCUCCAUCCCAAGGGCCAGGGACUGGGCCCACCCUUUCCCUAGGCUGAGUGCCUCUAGGCCCUCUAGGUUGGGGAAGCAAACUGGAACCCAUGGCAAUAAUGGGAGGGUGUCUAGGCUGGGCCCCUCCCCUGGUCCUCCCACUGUUUGCUGGAUAAUAAAUGGAACUAUGGCUCUAC